CUCUCUCUCUCGGUCUCGCCGCAGCCGUCGGCGAAAAGAUCAAACAACUUCGCGUUCGACCAUCUCUGUUAGAGGUGUGGACAAUGGGCGAAGGAGGUGGUUCUAGAGAAAUGGCUGUCAAGAAGGGUGUUCUGGGUGAUAUAACCAACAUUAAUGGCAAGAGAAGGUUAUCUUUGGAUUUAGAAACAAAUGUUGCAAGACACAAUGUUGGCAGGAAAGGGGGAGGACUUAAAGAUGCCAGUUUUGAUGAACAAUUAGCUGGAGAUGCAAGGGCUUCCAUGAAACGGAAGGACAAAAUCGAUGGUGUAGCUGACUUUUUGGUUGAUGGUAAAGGGAAAGGCCUCUAUUCCUUUGAUUCUAAGCAGGCAUGUCAACUUGUGACUUCGGAUUCUAAAGGAAUCUUUGUCUAUGGGUUUACUGAAGUUGACAAGUUAGGGCAAGGCUACAGUGAUUUUGAGUCUGUGCCUGCCCAUUGUGAUAAAUCAAGUGAGACAAAUACCGAAGACGACUGUCUAGAGGAUGAUGAGACUGAUAGUGCUGAUUCCUUCAGAUAUUCCUUUCGGGCUAAAAAUGAUGUCAGUAAAUCUGCUACUUCAAAUUGUUCUGGUUUGCAUUUUGCAGCAGUAAAAGAAGGCAAUGUUGACAGUGGUGAAGCUCCCAGCAAUGUUCCACUAGGUAAAUCAGGCUUCUCGAAGUGCUUGAAGCCGUCUGGGUCACCGGAUAUCAAAGUAGCUGAUGGGCCAGAUAAAUCAGGCUUCUCGAAGUGCUUGAAGCCGUCGCGGUCAUCGGAUAUUAAAGUAGAUGAUGGUUCAGAUCCUAUUAAUGGUAUUUCAAAUUGCAGUGAGAUCAGCAUGCCAGAAAAAUCUUGUAAAUGUUCCUUUUGUCUCAAAGCUGCUUACAUGUGGGCAGACCUACACUAUCAGGAUGCUCGAGGAAGACUUGCUGCAUUGAAGAAAAGCAAAAGGCUUGCGAGGACCUUAGAAGUAAGAAGUUGCAGCAGUAACCAUAACAUCAAAGCCAUUCAACAGAGCACAAAAAGAUCGUCUGAAUUGGAAUUUGAAUUAACUCAACAGUGGAGAUCACUCUUCCUUCGAACAGAGAAUGCCCUUGUGCUUGAAACAGCCCAGCUUCAUACCAACUUUCUCAGGUUGAAAGAGCUGAGGGAGAUAUGCAAGAGAGAUUUGGAGACCAUCAGCAUGGUUCCCUCAGACAAAUAAAUCCAAGUCUGUCAGUUGAAAUAAAUUAAGUUGAUUUGCAAGGAAGAUUGAAAUGGAGCAUCAAUUGAAAUUUUCACCGAAGAAUGGAUUUGAUUCUGUAAGAUUAUUUUUAAAAUGUAUGUAACAUUUGCUGGUCAUAUUUAUCAGAUUGCUUAAUGAAGUUAACAUUCUCUAA